AUGCUUUCCAAGGUGCUAGAGAAGUUGGAUAAGAUUGAGCAAAGAGAGCUUGAUGCUAGACAAAGGGAGAAGAACCAAGCUUCGACAAUCCAUCAUUUGGAGACCCAAAUCUCGCAAAUGGCUCUUAUACUUCAAGGUAGACCGCAAGGGGGAUUGCCCUCUACUACGGAAAAUAACCCAAGGGAGCAAAUUAAAGCGGUGGAGCUUCGAAGAGGGAGGAACCUUGAAAAAGCUAAUGGCAAGAAGCAUGUUGUUGAGGAGGAUGAUUCUCAAGUGGUGAUUGAUGUUGCUAGCUCUAGUCAAGAACUACCUAAGGAUUUUGAGGAGGUGGCUAUUGAUGUUGAAGAACCGUAUGUUAGACCACCACCUCCACCUUUUGUGCCAAAAGUUCCAUUCCCAAGCCGGUUGAGAAAAGCGCCGGACAAUCAAAAGUUCCAUAAGUUUCUUGAGAUAUUCAAGAAACUUCAAAUUAACCUAAGCCUAGCGGAUGCUUUGCGAGAGAUGCCCCAAUAUGGUGCUAGUAUUAAUCUCAUGCCUCUAACUAUUUUCAGGACGCUAUGUGGAGAGCAAACCGUGAAGAACACCUCGAUGGUACUCCAACUAGCGGAUCAUUCAUUAAAGAGACCCUAUGGAAUUGUGGAGGAUGUUCUUGUAAAGGAAUGCCUAAUGAUCUUAGGGCGGCCCUUUAUGAACACCGGGAGAGCCUUGAUUGAUGUUCAUGGUGGGAAAUUGACCUUGAGAAUUGAUGAAGAAACGGUCGAGUUUGAUAUGAAGAAAGUCAUGAGGGGUACCAUCGAGGAGGAAGAGUGUAUGAGGAUCGAUUUGUUGGAUGAAGUUGUGGAACAACUUUAA